UCACUCAUCUGCAACAGUCAUUUGCACUUCCUCAUCUUUUGCUAAAUUGCUGAAUAUCAACAGUCAAGUGGUAGUUCGCAACCGCAAGCGAUAGUGAGAGGAAGUUGUGGAAGUCGUUCGUUCGGAGCACAGUGGUUCAAGUGCUUCGUUCUGUGGAUAUUUUUUGGUGCAACAGCUGGAGAGGUUGUUGCUUCCACCCCAUCCAGACAGGACAGGACAUACAUGACGUUUAGAAUUAGCUAAGUCUUUCCUCGGCGAUGAAUUGGCCAGCGUCUACUUUCCACUAGUAUUUCGUAUCGGCCCGGUGUGGCUCAGCAGCACGAACCAGCGGUGGCAAUGUACUCCUGUCGCAUGCCUGCACCACAAUCGACUGAGGCAAUCCGCAGUGCACAGGCAACGACAACAAUAGCAACAACAUGCACAGUGCCAUCAUCGAUACUACAUUUUUAGUUCUCUCAGGAAGAUGAGAGUGAAGCAGGUAGCAAUAGUGGAAUGGCUGCCAUUACUAAACCCUCCCCAGGAGUAGAUGACAUUGCCCGUAGUGGUUCACCUUCACCUCAUUCACAAGCCUCGCAAGUAGGAAAUUCACCUGGGGCUUCUUUGACCCCGACACAAAAAGCUAGAGCUGCAUUUAAGCAGCUGGAGAAGGAAGCUGCUAAUGAUGCAGGAUCCCCAGGCAGCGGCUCAGUACUCAGGCCAAGGUCAAGAAUACGUACCCUGUCACAAAGUCUGACUGAGGCCGCCAAACAAGCAUCCGGGCCGACUAUUAGAAAGUUUGCUGCAGUGGGCAAAGCUCUCAACCGCGAAAGAGUUCGUGACUUGGAUAAUGGACAAGAAAAGGGCAAGUGUUCCCUCCCGACGAGUGCAUCACCAAUAGCAGACGACGAUCGCUACGGCGGAAUUUACUGUGGUGAAGACAAGAGUGCUGGCAGUGACAGUGAUAGCGAUGGCGUCACUCCAUCUAAAACCAACCCAGGUGAAAAAUCACCUCGACUAGUGGUGGUAGCCUCCGGAAAAGAGAGUAAGUUGCCGAGUGGCCAGCAAACACAACCAGCAAAGGAAGACCGCUUUGGUGGCAUUUACUGUGGGGAGAGCCUUGAUGAUGAUGAUGAAGAUGAUAGCAGCAGCGAUCAUGGCAAUGGAAAUCAAGCACUGGAGACUAGUGCGCAAGAUGAGAAGUGUGGAGGUGACGUCAUGGAACAGAGUGCUUCUCUCCAGGGCAAAACAGGUGGACUAGAGGCCCAGACCCUUGAGACCUGCAAUCCUUCCCAAGGCAAGGAAGGUCAAGAAACGACACCGUUGAAGGAGAAGAAUCUACCAGAAAAGAGUGAUACAAGGAAGACACAUACGGCUCCAUCCACAAAGACUGCUGGGGACCGCAACGCAUCAAAGUGCAAUGGAACUGACGAUUCCUUACAGAUACGAAGAAAUCACAAUACUGCGGCAUGCUUCAGUGACUCGGACAAUUCUGACAGCCAUCAUGAUGAUGUUAUUUCUCAACUUGUUACUAGUAGUGAUGCACAGCAUUCUGACAAGACCUCCGAAAUGGGCAGCGGUGCAACUGAUGAAUACUCUGCAUCCAUGAUUGAAGAACAGCCCCGCAAGAAGAUGACACCCUUUGAGCAAGAAUGGGAAGAGUUUGCAAACCCUUCUACACGAAUUAAACAUUUUGAACCAAUAGGUCCCCAACUGUCCACAAGCUUUCUACCGACGCAUGGUGAUGCAGCAUCUCACCGUCGCAGCAGCAAUUCCAGCAAUGCGUCAUCCACACUAGUGGAGAACUGCGAACACAGCAGGCCGCCUUUCUUCUCCGCCUCACUGUCCAAUGUAUUAAGUCAGCGCGGCUCACUCCCUGGCACUGCUGAAGAGCCGUGGCGAGUGCCGGCCAGUCCGUUUCCAACCACACGCAGCAAGUGGGAAAUCAUUUCACAAACAAUAUCACAAACCCUUGAAGAAAAUGGAUUUAGGAACGGUGUCUUUGCCACGCGCAGUGAUUGCACAAUGGAAAAGAAUCCUGAUGCACAUCAGUCGUCAUCCAAGGCAUCACCUAAACCACAACGAAGAAGUGUCCGGCUGCGGAAGCUUGUUAGAGAUAGCCUCACAAAGCAACUCACCAAAAAGAGGAGCGAAGAAGACUGCGCCAUCGCACCCCCAUUUAUGUCCAAGGAGGACAUUUCGUCCACUAACAGCAAGCCUGAAGCCAAGUCAACUUCUCUCAACCGGCUCACAGCAGCGUUCAGCAUGUUGUCACCAAAAGAAUCAAGAAGAUCAAAUGGAGAUGUGUGCAAUCUGAGCGAAAAUAGCGCCAGCACCAAUACCAAAAGGAAAGGACUAAAAACGUCGCAGUCUGUUGACUUCGUUCCUGGAGGUCCGACACACAGACCAUCUGGGCAGAGCAUCUUCUCCAUUGCCUCACAACUACUGCAGUCAAACAAUGCUAAAAAUGCAAAGAUAAGGAAUGGCAAGCUCGACAACAUGGAUGUCAAGGAGUCAAGUGGCCUAGCAAACGCAGGACAAACGAACCAAGAGAAGUUGGCAUCCAGAUCGAACAACCAGGGACGUGGCAAGCUGGGUACUAUCUCGGACAGGAUUGCACAACAUAGAAUCACGAAGCAAGUGAUGCGUUCCAAAUCAUUGGAGAGGAUGAGCAAGUCCAAAAUAAAAGAAGAAAGUGUGGAUGAGCUCAGUACUACACUAUGCAAGCCAAUACAGCAACCAUCCCGGCCAAUUUCACCCGAUGUACCUGCUGCUGAUACCAUUGCCGAUGUACGUUCAGUGAGACGCCAGCAUACGUUCUGUGAAACUCUGACCAGCGACCAAGCACUGCUUGACGGCUAUGACACAUGCGGCAGCAGUAUCUUUGAAGAAGAUGAGAUGCCUGAACUCGACCCGGGUGCUAAAUCAGGUACAGCUUCUCCACUCCCUGGCAGAGGAAGGCAGGGUUCGAGGUCAUCAAAGACGGCGUUUCUGGCAUUGAUGGGCGAGAAUACUCUCAACAAUCUGCAGAAGCGGAAAGCAGUGAGAAAGGAGGAAAUAGUAAAGGUGUCACCCAUUUCUGGCUUACCCCCCACCGUACCAGUUCCAGAGAAUUUGGAAAUUGGCCUCAAGCGUUUCCGUGUCUGUCAGGAGAUCUAUUCGACUGAGUACUCCUAUGUCAAGAACCUGGAGGUGUUGGUAGAGGUGUAUAAGGGUGCGCUAAAAAGUGUUCUGUCGGGCAAGGACCUAGACACUAUCUUUAUGAAUGUUGAAAGUAUUUAUGAAUUUAAUUGUGAAUUGCUGGUGGAACUGCACGAUCGCUUCAUGAAAUGGUCAGAUGAUUUGACGGUUGGAGAUGCUUUUACGUGUACAGCCGCUCGUUUCAACGUAUAUUCCGUGUACUGUGCUAACCAUCGCGAUGCCGAAGAGGCAGUUGCCAGGUUAAAACGCAAGAAUGAUGUAAACGACACGCUGCAGUCUGCUGGCCAGGAUGCGCGCGUGUCGACAGGACUCAAUCUGCAAUCCUAUCUGCUUACGCCAGUACAGCGUAUGCCUCGCUACCUACUACUGUUACAGAACCUACUGAAACACACGCCAGACACGCAUCCAGACUUUGAAAUGCUGAGAGAGGCCAUUAGCAAGCUGGAUCGUAUCACCGAGCACGUGAAUCAGCAGAUCCGUGAGCUUCAGAACCAGAAAGCGCUGAGUGAUCUGCGCACACAAGUGGUUGGCCUCGAUGCUCAUGACCUACCCGGCCGCAAGCUGGCCAAAGAAGGACAGGUAUGCCUGACCAGUAUCCGCAAGCUAUACCAGUGCAUUCUCUUCAAUGACCUGAUCGUGUUUGCACUGCGCGGCGAGAGCAAAGGCAAAGUGGAGAUCGCCCUGGACCUGAGCACGGUGUGGGUGCAUGACUUGGACCAGAAUGACCCGCAAACAACAGCCCAGGAUGCUAUUGAGAUCUACAAUCCCGACAGACCGUAUACAAUCUAUGUCAAGACCAUCAACGAGAAGCGUCUUUGGCUAAACGAAAUCCGCAGUGUUAUUCUCAGCCACCUGAAGGAGAAGAACGACAACUUGGGUCCUCCUAAAGAUAUGGAGGAGAGGACUGGUAUUUCAGAGGAGAAUGUCGGCCAAUCGGCAGUAGUGCGAGCUAGUGACAUAGUGCACCGGACUGCCAAGUUCUCUUAUGCUAGUGGUGAGCUGUUUGAUGGUUGCUGGCUGGAUGCCAUGCGCCACGGCAAAGGUGAAAUGACAUGGCGUGACCGUACAACGUACGUUGGUGAAUGGGUGGAGAAUGAGCGUAUCGGAGAGGGUACUCUGACUUACAAUACAGCUGACGUCUAUUCUGGCACAUGGAGCAAUAAUGUCCAGUGCGGAAAAGGAGAGCUGAAGCUCUGCAGUGGUGACCAAUACUCUGGUCAGUGGAAGAACGCGCUUCCACAGGGCGACGGAAAGAUCGAGUACGCCAAUGGUGAUAUAUUCACCGGUGCUUUUGAUCGAGCAACAGUGAAUGGUGAUGGUGUGCUCAAGUGCAAGAAUGGGAUCGAGUAUGAUGGCCAGUGGCUGGAAUCACAGUUUGAUGGCGAAGGUAAAUUCACAAAUCGCUAUGGCGACCGGUUUGAAGGAGAGCUGGUGCACAACUGCUUCCACGGUUCCGGUAUCAUGAACUACAAGGAUGGCUCUGUGUACGAUGGUAUCUGGGAGAAGGGUCACCGGCAUGGCUAUGGUUCAUUCAAGGAAGCGAACGGUGCUGAGUACAAUGGCAACUGGCGUUUAGAUCAACGGCAUGGUCAAGGCUGGCAGAAGGCACAGGACGGCAGUGUGUAUGACGGAAUGUGGGAAUACAACGCUCGCCACGGCAGUGGAAAGAUGCGCUUUGCCAACGGUGAUGAAUACAGUGGCCUCUUCAAACACAACCACGUACAUGGCAGAGGCACGAUGACGUACGCAGAUGGCUCCGUGUACAUAGGUGAUUUUAAGUUUGCCCAGCGCCAUGGCUAUGGCGUAAUGGAGUAUGCGAAUGGCGGUCACUAUGAUGGCAGCUGGGUACACGAUGUACGCGAGGGAGAGGGAAGUUAUACAUAUGAAGACGAGACCUAUUCCGGUGACUUUGCACAUGAUCGUCCGCAUGGCAAGGGCAUGUACACGCAUAAGGGAAGUAACACAUGUUACACUGGACACUAUGUGGCUGGUAAGCGCUGCGGCGCUGGUGUGGAGACAUCGCCAAUGGGCAAGUUUGUUGGCGAGUGGAAGUAUGGCAUGCGCCACGGUGCCGGCAAGGAGACCUCUACGGUUGGUACGAUCUCGGACGGUUCAUGGCACUGCAACCAGCGCAAUGGUGUGUUCACUGUGCGCAGUGUGACUGGUGAGGUGUCCGAAGCCACCUACCAGGCAGGCGCAUUAGUCGACAAACCCAAUCCCCAUGACAUCCCCACCAUGCCCAUCCUCGGUCGCACGCUCAUGUAAGUCCUGCCAGUCCAUCACCACUUCUUACCAGCCAGCCAACGCUGUCGCUGCUUGUACAGCCAUUCUGCACCAGACAUCCAUCAUUGUGUCAAUGUACAUUAUCUGUAACUUCAGCUAGUAGUUUGAUUCGGAAAAAAAUAGCAUCUACAUUCUCUGAAGUUUCUACUUCAGAGCAUACAUAAUCAUCCCUGUCCUAUACUGUAAAUAUUGGCUAUGCCCCCCCCCCCCACACACACCUUUGUUUUCUGCUUCAUGAAACAUCAUCGCCUUUAUUUUCCUUGAUUUUGCUCUCAUCCGCGCUUUGAUUCUUGCUUUACAGUUUAUUUGCUUUUGCUUUUUGACCAAAUUUCCAUUGAAUAUUAGCAUCUUGGGAACUUUACAAUCUGCCUCCUGUUGUAUCAAAGAUUUCUGCAUCGGUCACUGCCGUUCUAUUUCACUAAAAUCAACAAGGAGGGCACUAACAUUUACAAUACGUAGAGAUACUUAUUAUUCUGUUUGACUUUUAUCUACUUCAAGUACCAUGCAGUUUGGAAUUGGGAGCAGUUCUUUCUUCUCUAGCACCCUGAUGUGCUUCCUCACAGUUCACUAGUUUCCUUCUUUUUGGCAAUUUUCACUCGCCUAUAAUUCUAGUAUAUCGCUCACCGACUGAAUACUACUGUGUAGCACGGAAUCUUAGAGAAAAUCAACAACACACCAAA